AUGUCACAUGCUCUACACAUGUCGCCACUGGCACUUUACAUCGAGCAAGUCUCCGGUCAGCAGCCAGUGUGUCCAUGUCCGGAUCCAAGAGUGACUACAUAUCCACCUUCGCCUCCAAAGAAUCUAAUAUUUGACUCGCUUCACUCCACACCGAUGCUCGACAAUACCCGAACAAAUCGGAUUCUAGUCUACCCCGGAUCCUUCAACCCACCCCAUCGAGGCCAUCUCCACCUCCUCAAGCAUGUGUUCCUACGUGGCGUCCAUGAUCUCAACAUCAUAGCCGCCAUCAUUCACCCCGGAAGCGACAGAGAUGAGAGAUGCCUUUUAUGGAAGCAAGAUCUGUGUUUCCCAUCAUGGGCGUGGGUGUACGAAAGCAGUACGACCCCAUUUACGACCUUCUUGGAGCGACUCAUUCUAGCGACCAAGAAAGACGGUUUUUCACUUGAGUUCGUGCCUUUAUACGGCGCCGGUAUGGGAUCGCCUAGCAGCCCCCCUGGCCCCGUGUACGGUUGUAAGACAGUCAUCUUGAGUGAUGCGGCAAGAGCGGCUGACUUUCAACGCUCCUCGGGCCGCCUGAGAGAUUUCUUCGGAUGCACCAAGUGGAGAAGGAUCCGUGUCGACCAGGAUGAACUUCGGCGUCAUGCGAGGGCAAUGGCACGCUAUGCGUUGGAGUACAUGAAGACGGUUAACAGAGGAGAAGCCUUGGGUAUGUUGAACGAUGGUCCUGGUUACGUGGAAAAAGCCACAGAGAAAAUUGUUGCCAAAGCAACAGAGGAACUGAAAGCCGUCAUAACAUGCCGACGAGAAGUGGGAGGCCGGACACUUACUCUGCGCUUUGUGAAAUGCGAAGACGUUGACUCCAGGGCGGAAUACAACGACAUCAGCUCAACGAUCUUGCGUAAGGCUAUGAGAGAGAAAAAGGGGGUCAAGCUGAAAGAAGCGCUGGAUUGGAUGGCCCUCAGCCCGCACCUUCUCUGGCGGUACCAAGCUCCUUGGAUUGACAAAGCCAGGCUCGGGACGGGCUGUUGCACCAGUUUCCAAGCGUUGACUGAAGAAUUCCGGGUGCCUGAAGAAUCUACGUUCUUUGAAAAACCGCCGUCGCUUGAGGAGCUCGGGCUAGUUGAAGCGGUUCCUUCGUCACUUGAGAAGCCUCCACCGCUUGAAGACACUACGUCGCAUGAUCUAUCUCCAUCUUUCGAGGAAACCCAGUCACUUGAUGAUUCCCUUUUGCGAAAGGAGCCUUCGGGUAUGACUAAUAAGAAGAGGCGUUUUUCAGAGACUGAGCUCGAAACUUGGCGGUGUAUGAAUAGUCUUUGCCGAGGACGGGGAGGUUUUUUGAGAGUCACUCGGUGA